AUGAACAAUCAAUCUUCCUCAUCCUCCGCUUGCUCAUCCUCGGCCAACGUCAAUAGCAGCAGAACCAAUGAGUCAUCGUCGCUUCAAGGACCAUCGUUGAGGUCACUCCGAGCUAGCAUCCGCAGACGAUCAUUGCCAAACAGCCCACCAAUGUUUAGUCUCGCACAUCCUGCCGAUCGCCCGAUCCGCAAUCAAAGGGAGAUACUGAACGCUGCAUUGGCUGUGAUUCAUGCCGAUGGCGACCUUGUCGCGCAAUUGUCGUCAUCAUCAUCAUCGAACCGAAAAUUGCAAAGAGGCGGGCCUCCCCGGCAAUGA